AUGUCUUUCUCCCAAAAUUCUUUUCAAUUUUCCUUAGCAGUACUUGAUGACUGUCAGAAUGGGGCCCAAUUGGUUCUUGAAUUUUGUUUUUCUCUUUCUCUUUUUUCCAUUUGUUUUAUCUUAUCUCCUCUCUUUGUCUUUAUUUCCUAUUCUCUUUCUCCUCAGUCUUUCACUUUAUUUUCUUUCACCUCUUUUUUCUUGUACUCUUCUCUUUGUCCUCUUUUUCUUUGUAUCCUUCACCCUGUCCUCUUUUUCUCUCUAUCAUUCUCUUUGUCUUUUUUUUUCCUCUAUUCUUCUCUUUUUCCCCUCUAUCCUUCGUUGUCCCCUUUUUCCCCUUUAUCCUUCUCUUUGUCCUUCACUUUGACCUCUUUUUCCCUUCUAUCCUUCUCUUUGACCUCUUUUUCCCUUCUAUCCUUCUCUUUGACCUCUUUUUCCCUUCUAUCCUUCUCUUUGUCCUCUUUUUUCCCUUCUAUCCUUCUCUUUGUCCUCUUUUUUCCUUCUAUCCUUCUCUUUGUCCUCUUUUUUCCUUCUAUCCUUCUCUUUGUCCUCUUUUUUCCUUCUAUCCUUCUCUUUGUCCUCUUCUUCUCUUUUAUCCUUCUCUUUGUCCCUUUUUUUUCCUUCUAUCCUUCUCUUUGUCCCUUUUUUCCUUCUAUCCUUCUCUUUGUCCUCUUCUUCUCUUUUAUCCUUCUCUUUGUCCUUUUUCCUCCUCUAUCCUUCUCUUUAUCCUCCCCCAUUCUUCUCCUUUCCCCCCUAUAUCCUUUUCCUUUCCCCCCUCUAUCCUUCUCCUUUUCCCCCCUCUAUCCUUCUCCUUUCCCCCCUCUAUCCUUCUCCUUUUCCCCCUCUAUCCUUAUCCUUUUCCCCCUCUAUCCUUAUCCUUCUCCUUUCCCCCUCUAUCCUUCUCCUUUUCCCCCUUUUUCCCCCACUCUAUCCUUCUCCUUUUCCCCCCCCCCCCUCUAUCCUUCUCCUUCUCUUCUUCCCCCCCUUUAUUCUCUUUGUCCUCUUUCCUUCUAUCCUUGUCUUUGUUGUCUCUCUCCUUCAAUCAUUUUUUACUUUAUCAUAUCUGUUUUUCCUUUGUCCUUAUCUCUUCUCUUUUUUCUUUUUCUCUCCUCUUCUUUCUCCUCUAUCUUUAUUUUCUCAUUUUACUUUUCACUUCUCUUUCUCCCUUUUCUCUAUCCUUUUCUCUUUCUUUUUCUUGUUCAUUCCCCUUCCUCCUUUUUCUCCUCUCAAAAUCAAAACAGAAUAGCUACCAGACCCGCAUUUCACCAGAUUCUUAAUAUAGUGACCCUUUUCCGCCUUACUUUCAGUUUUUUCUUUCUUUAUAGGGUCCCUACCAGCAGGAUAUACAAAAAUUCAUGUCUCUCUCCAGCCACCUUCCUCAAUUGUUGUUAUUCUUUUAGUUUCUUUCUCCAAACUAACAAAACAUGCCCACUUACACCCCAGGGUAGAAAACAACCCCAGUCACUUUACCUCCAUUCCAUACCAAAACCCCUUUGGUACUCUGCUUUCUCUGUUCUCUCUAUAAACAUUUAA